UGGUGGAAAAGGAAGGAAAUUUCGUGUGAAGAAAGUACGUUACGAAGGAAGGAAAGGCUUUAUUGGCUUGAGAGAUAAAGAAGAAACGGAAGAAAACUGUGUAGUCAGAUCGGACCCCACAGCAGUUCUCUUCUCUAUCUUCUCCCUCACUCAAGUCUCUCUCCGUAGCCUCUCUCUCUCUCUCUGUCAACUUGUUUCCCUCUCUCUUCAUACCCUUUCAAACUCAUCAAAAUUCAGCCAUUACAUAUACCCUUUUGCCUUCUCUCCAUGGCCAUUGCAUAUCCUUCUCUCAUAUCUGCAUUGCUUUUCACUUAAAUCUCUGGCGUUUUUACCAAUGGAUGCUGAGUUCAACCACCACUCUCACCAUGGACCACUUCUCAGACUCAGAUGCUCAGUUCAGAAGUAUGAUUGGGGCAAAACAGGCACGGAUUCCCAAGUUGCUAGGCUAUUUUCCUUGAAUUCUGGGUCUAAAAUUGAAGUUGACAGGCCCUAUGCGGAGCUUUGGAUGGGAACCCACGAGUCUGGACCGUCUUUUCUGCUGGAUGCUGGGAUGGAAAAUGGGGCUUCAAUUGGGUCUCAAUGUAUAACCCUGAAAGAGUGGAUUGCCAAGAACCCUAAUGUUCUUGGAGACAAGGUUUUUAAUAAGUGGGGUUCUGAUCUCCCUUUCUUGUUCAAGGUACUUUCUGUGGCAAAAGCAUUGUCGAUUCAGGCUCACCCUGAUAAAGAAUUGGCCAAAAUGCUGCACAAGUUGCAGCCAGAUGUCUACAAGGAUGAUAAUCAUAAGCCUGAAAUGGCUUUGGCCAUAACUGAGUUCGAGGCUCUUUGUGGUUUUAUCAGUCUUAAGGAACUCAAAGGUGUACUUCAUAAUGUUCCUGAGAUUGUAGAACUGAUUGGCAGAACAGAAGCAAACCAAGUUUUAAAUAUGAAUGAGCAGGAUGGAGAGGAGAAAGUAAAAUCACUUCUGAGAUCAAUUUUUACCCAACUCAUGUCGGCUGGCAAAGAGAUAACAACUAAAGUAAUAUCAAAAUUGAAAUCUCGACUACACAUGGAAAGCCAGGUGAGGGAGUUGGCAGAUAAGGAAUGGCUGGUCUUGAAGUUGGAAAAGCAAUAUCCAGCUGAUAUUGGCAUUAUAUCAGCCUUCUUUUUCAACUAUGUGAAGCUUAAUCCCGGUGAAGCAUUGUAUCUUGGGGCUAAUGAACCCCAUGCAUAUCUAUAUGGGGACUGUAUUGAAUGCAUGGCAACAUCAGAUAACGUUGUGCGGGCUGGCCUUACUCCCAAGCAUCGGGAUAUCCAAACACUGUGUUCCAUGCUCACAUACAAACAGGGCUUCCCUGAAAUCCUUAAAGGAUUUCCUCUGAGUCCGUAUAUAACAAGGUACCUCCCACCUUUUGAUGAAUUUGAGGUUGAUAGCUGUAUUCUUCCUAGGGGAGCAUCAACAGUGUUCCCUGCAGUCCCAGGUCCUUCCAUAUUUGUGAUCACAGCUGGGGAGGGAAGAAUGCGCACCGCAUCAUCCAAAGAGGUUGUUAGUGAAGGAGAUGUCCUGUUUGCACCUGCCAACAUUGAGAUUACCAUAACAACUGCGUCUGAGCUGCAUCUGUAUAGGGCUGGCGUGAAUAGCAGGUUCUUCCAUAUCUUGUGAGGGGGGAGUCAGAGCAGCUCUCAGUUUAGGUCGGUGAUUUUCAAUUAAUUUUGCAUGCCUCAUGCUUUGUUCUGUCAACUUCUUUUAUAUUCAUUUAUGUACUAUAAUGUGAUACUAUAGAUUGCAUGUAAAUGAAAUGAAAUAUAGUAAAGUUACAGCGGGUAGAAUCGCACCAUUCUUAAUA